GAUUUACAUACACAGGCGAAAGAAAGAGGUAUACCAAGUGAGCGAAAGUUCCACGCUCCACUGUAGAGGUACUCAACUGAAACCAGUAUACUAACCUUAUCAUAGACGCUAUAUAUGAGUAUAUGAGAUGUCCCUUGACAGCCUAGUUAUUGACAGCAGUAUGGCGUACAGUGAUCAAGACAAUCAGAACUUCUGUAUAGACGUGAACUUCCUCCCUGCCAUCGUAAAAGCGGAAGUGAAGCAGAGGAUUAACAGAAGGCGAACUGCAGAAAAUAGAGAGGAACUUAUAGUGGAUUUGACCCCUAGAACGGAAGAGGCUCCUUCCGCCGAAGAUCUGGCCAUGCAGGCGGACAGGCGCAAUCGCAACAACGCCGCCGCCCGGAAGUAUCGACAGAAACUCCGCCAGCGACAUAGCAAAAUCCAGAAGGAUUACAACAAGCUGAAAGAAGAACGACGAGGUCUGGAGAAAGAGAUCGAAGUGUUGCGCCGCGAUAACCUGUUCUUAUUGAGUAUCUGGAAAAAACAUGCGAAAUCCUGUCAACUUCAGGCUCUUCGACAAAUGGGUACACUGGGAUCCACAAUCGGACAGUAUGAAACCACUGACAGUAGACCUACAUUCAAUAAAACAACCGUUCAUAAGGUUAACAAGCCUGAGUUUGGGGCUAACAUCGGUUGUCAAGGGGUGCAUUCAGAAAUAAACUGGGGGUGUGAAAGGAUGGACGGGGCCAGGGCUUCCCAACACGCUGCACGCCACGCUUCUCUGUCAUCGACAGGCAUGUCACCUACGCCGUCUCCGCUGGAAACGCCCCCAUCGUUCGCUUUCACAUAUACUCCGGAAUACACAAUUUUGUAA